UCCAGAUCCAGAUCCAGAUCCAGGUCCAGGUCCAGGUCCAGGUCCUCACUGACUCCAGGAGGAAUGUCUUACUGGUCUGUUGGCGUCCCUGCAGCAUCUGCAGACGACAUGGAUCCUCAAAGCAGACCAGGGGAGGAAAUGGGAGCCAAGGCAUCAUUGGUGGUGGAGGGUUUGGGUCCCGGUCCUUGUCCCGGCUCUGGCUCCGGCCCUGCCCUCGCUCAGUCAGUGACACUGGAAAACAUCCAAGCUGCAUAUGAAGACGGGGAGGAGCUUCUGGCCUGUGAGCUGAUACAGAGGGCCUACUGUGUGGAGUGCAGUGCAGGAACGCCCCCUGUUAGUGGGGUUCAGCUCCUGUGUGUUGCCUCUGAGCACGGAGACCUAAAGAGCGUGAGUUACCUUCUGAAGGAAGCUCACAUCACGUGUCCUCAGGAUCCAUCCAACAGCAACCCGGCCGUCCUGGCAGCGUUCCACGGACACACCAGUGUGGUCCGAGAGCUCCUGGACUCGGUCCCUGGUCCUUGUCUGAGGAAGGAACUGUUGAACUGGAUGUUGUCCACUUCCUGUCAGCGGGGUCACCUGGACGUGGUGCAGCUGCUGGUCCAACACUACGACGCUGAUGUCACAGACUGUGCUGUCCACAGUGAUGACUUUGCUGUGGUCAGUAGUCUGCCGCUGUACGCUGCUGCACAGGCAGGUAACGAGGAGAUCGCCCUCUACCUGCUGCAGAGUGGAGCAGGCUUCUCCUCCUACACUCUGAUGGACCACCCUGACUUCAGCCAACGCCUCCUCAGGCUGAGGGUGGAGGAGACGCCUGACAGUACAGUAAAGGAGGCUGUGAGUGUGUGUUGGAGCGGUCUGCAGCUGCCCUGGUUGGAACUGGACUGGUUCAUGGACAUCCUGUCCCGGACCACCCACCUGGACCUGUCCUCUAACAGCCUGACGUCCCUGCCCUCUGUGGUCCCCUGGGGUCUGAUCAACCUCCGGACUCUGGAUCUGUCCAACAACCUUCUGAAGGAACUUCCUGCUGCUCCCAGCUCCCAGGAGGUCAUCUGCUCCAGUUUGAAGCAGAUCCAUCUGUCUCAGAACCUUCUGACCACACUACCAGCUGGACUUGUCCACCUGACCCAGGUGCAGAGAAUCUGUGCAGCCAGGAACCAGAUCUCAGUCCUGUUGGACCUCCCCGACGGUACCAACUGGAUCGGCCUCCGUCAUCUGCAGGAGCUGGACCUCUCUGACAAUUGUCUGAGCGCCCUCCCUGAGAGCUUCAUGCACCGGCUGAAAUCCCUGAGUUCCCUCAACGUUAGCAAGAACAAACUGAGCAGCUUCCCUGACCCCUGGGCCUGUCCACUGAAACAGUGUAGGGCCUCGUCCAAUAGGAUCGAGCAUCUGCCCAACAGCAUCUCCAUCUUCUGGAGGACCAAACUGCAGGAGCUGGACUUCUCUGACAACCUGCUGACGGAGCUACCCUCACACAUCUUUGAGCUGGAGGCUCUCGUUUCUUUAAAACUCUGUGGCAAUGAAAUUCAGGCUCUACCAGCAGCCAACAGGUGGAGGUGCUCACAGCUCAGGACCUUGGAUCUGUCCAGAAACCAGUUGGGAAAGACGGAGGAAGUGCCCAAAUCUCGGAGGUUGGUCUUCCUGACGACAUGGAACAGAAGAGAUCCAGAACCAGUGUCUCCCAUUGAAUUUCCCAGCAUCCUGCGGGAUUCCCUGGAAGUUCUCUAUCUGAAUGACAACCAGCUGGACUGUGUUCCUCUGUCAGUGUGUGGUCUGCACAGCCUCACUGAGCUCUACCUCUCCAAUAAUCCAGGAAUCCGGGAGCUCCCAGUUGAACUGGGACGUCUGUCCAACCUGUGGCAGCUGGACACUGAGGACCUGAACAUCACCAACGUUCCUCAGGAAGUCAGGAAAGAAGGUCCCGCCUCCAUCCUAGCCUUUCUACGUGCUCAGCUCCGUAAAGCCGAACCCUGUAAGCAGCUGAAGAUGGUUGUGAUUGGUCCACCUCGACAGGGAAAAACCGCCCUGCUGGAGGCGCUGCAGAGUGGCAGAGUUGCAGCCUUCACCCCAGCUGAACGCAGCAUCUCCACCUCCACCUGGGAGCUGGAGAAACCUAACGCUGGGAAAAACAACAAAGACGUGGUGUCCUUCAACGUGUGGGACGUGGGGGGGCAGGCCAGCAUGUCCACUGUCAACCAGUGCUUCUUCACUGACAAGGCCCUGUAUGUGGUGGUGUGGAACCUGGCCAUGGGGGAGGAGGCUGUGGCCUGUCUGCAGACCUGGCUGCUCAACAUCGAGGCUCGUGCUCCGAACUCGGCUGUGGUUGUCGUGGGAACACACUUGGAUUUGAUUGACACAAAAUUUCGCACAGAGAGACUGGCGACGCUGAGAGCUUACGUUCUGGCUCUGUGUCGGUCUCCGUCUGGAGCCCGAGCCACGGGUUUCCCUGAUAUCACCUGGAAGCACCUGCAUGAAGUGUCCUGUAAAAACCUGGAGGGCAUGGAGGCCCUGAAGAAGUUGAUCCACCAGGUGGCACUGUCUAUGAAAGACAACAGCAGCUCAGGUUAUGGCAGUAAACUGCUGGGGAGGCUGAUUCCCAGAAGUUACCUGACUCUGCAGGAAGCUGUGAUGGCAGAGAAACAGAGACGGGACAGUGAGGAUGAAGUUCUGUACCUGACUGAGGUCCAGCUAGACCGACUAAUCGAACAAAACCCAGGAAGUGACAUCAGAGACUAUGAGGACCUGCAGAUUGCCAUCAACUUCCUGAUCGAGACAGGAACUCUGCUGCACUUUCCCGACACCAGCCACGGCCUGUGCACGCUCUACUUCCUGUGUCCGGUGUGGUUGUCCGAGUGCCUGGAGAGAAUCGUCCACCUGAAGUCGUCUCGGUCCAUCGCCAGCAACGGACUGAUACGAACUGAAGACCUCAGGAUGUUGUUGGUGGGGACGGGCUUCACUCAGCAGACAGAAGAACAGUAUUUCCAGUUCCUGGCCAAGUUUGAGAUCGCUCUGCCCGUGGCCAACUACAGCUACCUGCUGCCACACCUCCUGCCUCCUAAACCAGCUGUGGACAUCUUCGGCUUCCGUCGGCAGGUCACCAACACCCUGCAGCGACUCUUCAAGAUGAGCUUCGUUCCCGCAGGAUUCUGGGAACGUUUCAUUGCCAGGAUGCUCAUCAGUCUGGAACAGAUGGACCUGCAGACCUUUGAGCCAAGAAAAAACACCAGAGGGCAGCGCAGCAGGAACUCUGUGAUUUACAGCUUCGCUGGGACACAGCAGGCGAGGAGCCGCUGCAGCACCUUCAGAGUCCGACGUAGCCAAACCGUCUACUGGAGGGAGGGGCUUCUGGUCACCUUUGAUGGAGGCUUCCUCAGUGUGGAGUCGUCAGACGUCAACUGGAAGAAGAAGAAGAGCGGAGGAAUCAAAAUCAUCUGUCAGUCAGAGAACAGAGACUUCUCUGCCAUGGCCUUCAUCACCGACCACGUCAACUCUCUGAUAGAGCAGUGGUUCCCAGCCCUGACUGCCAGUGAGAGUGACGGCAGUCUCCUAAUAGAGCAGUACGCCCCCUGUCCUCUCUGCUCUUCACUGCAACAUCAGAAGACCAGGACCAGGAUCAGUCAACCUGGACUGGUCAGAGACAGAGCGGCCAAAGAUGAUGGUAAAAUGGAUGUCCAUUACUUCAACAUGGAGGACUGUGUACUGGCCGCCAUGGAGGAGGAACACAUCACCUGUCCAGAACAUCCUGAUCAGCCUGUCCUACUGCAAGAACUUGUCCCAGAACUCUUCAUGACUGACUUCCCUGCAAGGCUGUUUUUAGAGAAGCCGCAGCUGGACUUCACUGAGGACCAGAGUCACAUCCUGGGUCAGGGAGGCAGCGGCACCAUCAUCUACAGGGCUCGGUACCAGGACCAGCCUGUGGCCAUCAAACGUUUCCACUUCAGGAAGUGUCAGCAGCAGAACAUCAGCAUUGACACAGACACCAUGGUGAGGCACCUGCAGUCGGCCGACGCCUGUCGCAGCUUCUCAGAGUUCCGUCAGGAGGCCAGCAUGUUGCACUCUCUGCAGCAUCCCUGCAUCGUGCCCCUGGUGGGCAUCAGCAUCCACCCACUCUGCUUGGCCCUGCAGCUGGCUCCACUGGGCAGCCUCAACAUCGUGCUGCAGGAGAAGCUGAAGAGCACCGGUUCUGAGUACAUGCCUCUGGGCCACAUGUUGACCUUCAAAGUGGCCUAUCAGAUUGCAGUAGGACUGGCCUACCUUCACAGGAAGAACAUCAUCUUCUGUGACCUGAAGUCUGACAACAUCCUGGUCUGGUCCCUGCAGAUACAAGAAGCUGUCAACAUCAAACUGUCCGACUACGGCAUCUCUCGCCAGUCUUUUCGGGAAGGCGCUCUAGGUGUGGAGGGAACUCCAGGAUACCAAGCUCCUGAGAUCAGACCAGGCAUCGUGUACGACGAGAAGGUGGAUAUGUUCUCCUAUGGCAUGGUUUUGUACGAGCUGUUGUCAGGGCGACGGCCAGCGUUGGGUCAGCACCAGCUUCAGAUAGCUAAGAAGCUCUCCAAGGGUGUACGACCAGCCCUCGGCAAUCCAGAGGAAGUCCAGUUCCACUGCCUUCACCGGAUGCUGACUGAAUGCUGGGACACUAAGCCUGAGCGGAGGCCUCUGGCCCUGCAGUGUGUGCGGCAGAUGCAGGACCCCAGCUUCCCUUGUCUCAGGUACGUCCUGUCAUGUGACAUCCACUCUCAGCUCUUCCUGUCGGAGCUGCAGGGACACAGCGCCGUCUUCUGGAGCUACGACAAGGACGGCCGGAACUACAGUGUGAUCAACGUCCAGAAGGCUCAGAUGGAGGUGAAGAGGAUGUCCUGUCCAGGAGGACGGAUCAGCUGUCAGAUGAAGACUGCCACCACUCUCUGGAUCGCCACUGAGGAACAGGAAGUGUUCAUCUACAGUCUGAAGGACAUGUGUCCACUCAGUCAACCACAGAAACACUUCUGCUGUCCAGCCAUGGUCACCUGUCUGUUUCCUGUUCCUGCUCCACAACAGAGUCUGGACAGAGUGUUUGCUGGGAUGUCUGAUGGUCUGGUGACUGUCUACAGUCUGUUGGACCACCUGCCUCUGGACGGAGAAACCUACCUGUGUUCACACACACUCAACAAAACGACCUUUGGUCUGAAGGACUCCGAUCCCAGACAGAGACCGUUUGCUGUUAAGACCAUGGCUGUGGUCAGUGGAGGGUCUCAGCUGUGGUUCUCCAACGGUCCUGGAGUUCUGGUGGUCGACUCACUCAGCCUCAAGGCUCUUCAGCGUUUAGAUCCAUAUGAGCUGCCGUCCACGGUGGUGUCCAUGGCAACCAGCUUCAGUCUGUGGGGGGAGGAGUCAGUGUGGCUGCUGGACGACCACACCAACACCAUGCUGCUGUACCACGCUGCCUCCUUUCAGAUUUGUGCCAAGUACUGCUGCGGGGACAGUAACCCUCUCAGAGACGUCUUCACUGUCCAGCGUCCAACAGCAAUCACCGCAGUGACAACCAGUGACCUGAGGAGCUCCAGUGAGGUGGAGGACGUAGGACAGAUGAGUGGAGAGGUGACCCUGAUCUACAGUCAGGAGGCCGGGACUCAGAUCAUCCAGCACCAGGACUCACUGACGGACUACUGCUCCAUCUCCUCCAGCUGCUCCUUCUCCUCAACCACCGCCACCUCAGAGCCACCGUCCAUGGACUAUCUCAGUGACGGCACGCCCAGACCGCUACAGUCAUCGCCACAUUUACAAGUACAGUCACAAGUACAGUCGGAGCAGGAGACGCUGAGCAGCAGCCAGAACCAGGAGGAGUCCAUCAGUCCUGACCUGGACUCUGUGGAGAUUCUGUCUGACGUAGGCUCUGAGCUGCAGGCCUUCACUGUCCUGCCUGUCAGUGGGUCUCUGUGGAUCCCUAGGCGAGGAGGUGACAUGAUGGUCAUCGAUUUGCAGUCACAUGGUGAUCAGCUGACAGGGCGUGUCAUCGCGGUCCUCAGCCCCCCUUGUUUGUCUGCAGGAAUCCUGCAGGAGGCAGCACUGGUGGCCCAGGACACGGUGGUUUGUGGUUUCCAGAGGGAAACGGGCGAGUGGAGCCUGUGUGUGUGGAGAGGCUGGGGCGGUACCGAGCUGGAACUGUUCUACCAGUCCUACGAGGAGCUGGGCCACCUGGAGACCAGCAUGAGGAAGAAGAGGAGGUAGCAGGUAGAACACGCCGAGAUCCAAUAGGGUGCCAGGUCACGAGCACGAACGGCUGUGAUGUCACAGCAGACAUUGGUGAAAACAACUAGACUCUACACUGACAGACAGAGGGCAGCACCUUCUAGAUCCUGCAGACCACUUGGACUACAGACCACCAGACCUAGAGUUAAAGACAUCAACAUGAUCUAUGCUAACUGUGUUAGCUGUGGUAACUAGCUAAACUAUUAUAGUCUGCAUUUUAGUCAUUAUAAGUGAGUCCACACAGUGGACAGCAUGGGUACUGCUGAUCCCUUCAUCCUACAGUCCACUGAGAAACAACCAGCCUGAACUGUCCCUUUAUGUCCUGUGAGUCAGGGCACAGAAGACAGAGACGCUGAGUCACAGAGACGUGAUCUUUCCUUCAAUUGACAGAAGUGCUGGUCCCUGCUGCUCUGUCCUCUGCAGAGGACACUGGACAUUCAGGAUGAAGCAGCUGCUGAACAGCUGUGCUGGGAGACAGACGGAGAUUCUCUCUCUUCCUCUCUCUUUCUCCCACGGGCUGUGGUUCUCACUAAACUGUUCCACGUUCUGUUUCCAGAGCAGCAGGAACAUCUGCAGUCUGUUACGCAACAGCUCUGUCACUCGGUCACAGCGUCCCUGUCCUCCUCCUCCUGCUUCUCCUUGUCUCAUCAGAGCAGAGGACUUUGACUGCAGUUCAGACUAACAAACUUUUGGACCUGGGACGCAACUCACCGGGUCUGAAAAAGGACUGCAGACUGCACCAACCAAAGCCAAGUCGCCGCUCCAUCACAGCUCAAUCAGUUUGUCCUCCAUUACUGGCCUCCACCUUUGUUGUCAGAGCUCACCCUCUCUCACUUCUCUUCAUCAUCGUUCUAAUAUCUACCACUUCCUGUCCCAUCCAACACCAACAACAGGUUUGUCACUAGUCAGUUUACACUACCUACAAAUAUUAGAACUGUUCCGUGGACAGGGUCUGAGGUCAUGUGACCUCUCGUCCCCUCAUACACUAACAUAUAUUUGUACAGACUCUGUCCAAUUGGGAAUCAUGGGAAAAUCAUGGAGCAUGUCCUCAGCUCUGGACGAUAUUUUUGUAUUUUCUGGGACAUGCAUGACUUUGGACUGAGAACCAUUGUGAAUUCUCUCUGCUCCAGCAACUUCAGGUAUCAGAGAACUUUGCUCUCACUGGUCAGAACUGUUUGGCUCUUUUAGCUAGUUCUAUUAAUGAGAAUCAGGUUUUUAGUUUGGAACAAAAUCAAGUGUAAAUGAAAGCUGUUAUUUAUUUAUAAGAAGUUUAUUGUAAAAAUAAAAGUUUCUUAAUUA